CACCGUUAUAUUUGUUUCCUGGAGCUUGACUGCUCGAUUCAGGACCCUAUAGUCGAGGGUAGACCGGUUAAAGUCGUAAAGGCUGUCGACGGACACAAUCCUGUCUGACCACUUGGUGCCAGGGCAGGACUCCAUGAGCCAGUUGUUGGCGGCUUCUCGAGCAAUCUGUUGGAUGGUACCAGCAGCGAGGUCGAAUGUAUCCGACUCAAGCCCACGCAAUCGCUUCUCUGGGUGCUCCUUGUAAAGAUCUUCGAGGGAUUUCUCUGAUCUUGUCUGGCGGUCUGCCAACUUCUCUGGGCCCUCUCGAACCCACAAAGGACGCUCAAAGCCUGGGGCCGAACGUUGCCUUUGGCUUGGUGCUACCAUUUGGCAAUUUAGUCUGACUGAAGAUGGUAGUCAGUCUGAUCGCUGGAAGCACGUUGAUAUCUGUCUUGAAAUUUGUAAUGUCAUUUAACGGGGGGCGUUUCUCCUUGGUGAUAGGUUUGCUUUCGCCACCAGUGGUCAUAAUACUGCCGUUGAACUGCUUCGUCGGAGGUUCCUCGAUGGUGUCGUUUAUCCAGGACGUACUUCGAUCUUCAAGCGCUGUAGCGUGGCACCCAAAUGCUUGGGAUACGUCGUUAUUUGCUGCGGAAAGACCAAAACCACUGGUGAUGCUGGAGUAGAGUGAUGAAAGAUCCCGGAGAGAAACUCGGUCUUAUAACACACCUCCUUCCACCUUUUGCUCCGCUUUGGAACCGGUGGCAGACUUGUUUCCUUCUACUACUGGCUUCCCGGCGGACGCGUCAGCGUCUUGCCC